AUGCCGAUUCGUGGGAAUGUGGAAUCAACGCUUUAUAAAAAACCAGAAGAUGAUAUUUUGAUAGUAAAGAUGCGGGCUGGACAGGAACUCAAAUUUCACGCAUACGCAAGGAAGGGUAUUGCCAAGGAGCAUGCAAAAUGGGACGCCUGUGCAUCAGUGGCUUUUGAAUAUGACCCAGACAACAUUUUAAGGCAUACGACCUUUCCAAAUCCAACAGAAUGGUUUUUAUGGGCAUUUAUGAAUUAUAGGCCUCGGAGUGAGUUCAGUGAUCUAGCAGAUAAUGAAGGUUAUGUAUCUAGUUUAUGUCUAGCUGAGGGUAAAUAUGACUACAAUAAGCACGCGGAUAUGUUUUAUUUCAAUGUGGAGUCUUCUGGGGCUCUCAAAGCGACUAAUAUUGUGUUCAGUGCCAUUUCUGCACUUAAAAAUAAAAUAAAUAAUAUUGGGAUGGAAUUAGAUGCUCUUAAGAGUACAGCUUGUUGA